UUUAGGAACCCACAAAUGCAAACGAACGCUCGAACUAAAACCCUAAAACCUCAAAAAUAUUGGGGCUAAUCAAGAAAUAGAGAAACCCUAGAAAGUUAAUUUCAUGGAGAAAUCAGUAGCAACUUUAGAUAAAGGGGCAAUAUGCUCUUCAUGGAACUACUGUGGCCAAAGAUUGUCCACUGGUAUGAUCGAUGGAUCAAUAGCUAUCUACGACACUAGUGAUCCAGCUUCUUCCUCCUUCACCUCCACUUUUAAAUUCAAGGUUAGCGAGGGAAGCAUUGUAAAAGUUUUAUGGGUUCCUCCCGAGUACGGUGAUGCAAUUGCGUGUAUAUGUUCGAAUGGAAGUUUGUCAAUCUGGGAAGAGCUAGCAGAAGACAGUGAGCGUGUUCAAUGGAAGCAAUGCAAAACCUUUGGAGGAUCCAUGGAUCAAGUUCUAGAUGCUCAAUUUGGGAACUCCCAUUCGAGUUUGAAACUGACAGUUGCUUAUUCAAAUGGCAUUGUAAAAGUCUAUGAGAUUUUAGAUCCAAUGGACCUGAAGAACUGGCAACUUCAGGCUGAAUUACAGAAUGUUACAGAUUCAGUAACGAAAUUUGGAAAAGCAUCAUGUUUGUCUGCAUCUAUUUCAUGGAACCCACAAAGAAGCGACACAUGUCCUGCAAGUUUUCUAUUGGGUCUCAAUUCAGAUACCCCACAACUAAAUUCACCCAAAGUAUGGGAGUUUGACCAAGAUCAUCAAAGAUGGCUUCCAGUUGCUGAACUAGCAGACACUGAUGAUAAAGGUGAUCAAGUAUACGCUGUGGCAUGGGCUUCCAACAUUGGAAGACCAUAUGAGUUGAUGGCUGUUGCAACUUUAAAGAGCAUUUCAAUAUGGCAAAUGGCUUCAGACCCUGAUAUUGAUGGAAGGCUUUCAGUUGAAAAGGUUGCCACAUUCCCUUGCCAUAACAAUCAGGUGUGGCAAAUGGAAUGGGACAUGAGUGGAAUGACACUGGCAACCACCGGGAGUGAUGGGAGGGUGAGAUUAUGGCAAUCAAAUCUUAAUGGAGUUUGGCAUGAACAAGCAAUCAUCGAACUUACCACAUAAAAUUACCAAAAUACCCUUCAUUGUGAACAAAUGUGAUACCAUAUAUUAUUUCUAGAUCUUGAAUGGCUCUUAAUCUUAAAUCUUACAUUUCUAUUUGUACAAGCAUUAUUUUGUAUGCUUAACUAGUUUAUUGAUUUGAUGCUAUCUGCAAAAUUUAAUGCUAUUUUUUUUUCUUUAUUUUUUUUAAGAGUUACCUAUUACCUAUUAAAUAAAAAAACCUGAGUUAUUAAAUGGAAAAUUUGGGUUAAAAUCGUGUGAAUCAGUGAAAACCAACGGGGAAUUUGUCGCUGAAGUAGUGGUGGAAAUGAUUCCCGAGAGAUUGGAAUCAUCGUGAUGAUGGAAUUCGUGAUUCCAUUCCGGGAAGUAGUUAGACCCGGAAUUGGCAGCUUGUGAAAAAUUGUGAUCGGCUUCACUUGUGAAAUGAAAUUGUUGGUAGUUUUCUAUGCAUCCGAAUGAUGAUGAAGGGAAGGAAAAUGAACAUGGAACCAUGGCAUCCAAAUCUGAUGUGCUAACUCUGAGAUUUUCUCGAAGAUUUGAUAGCAUCUCGCCGGAUUUUGGUGGUGGUGGUUGGUGGUUUUCAGGUGAUUGCGGCGGCACCACUGGAUGAGCGGCGGCGGUGGUGGUGGCGGUGGUGGCUGAGUUGUUGCAGCUGUGCUUGCCUCUGUAUGUGAUUUCAAAAACUGUCGGGUCUUCGUCUGUUCUUUGCACUUGUUUUCUUGCCAUGCAGUUAUGAACGUAUCGAUACGUACAUCUAU